AUGGAGCCUAUCGCAAGUGCCAUCGACUUUUUGCAGGCAGAUCAACAUAUGUACUUCGGCUACUUCAUUGCUGCCCUAAUAUCUUUGAAAAUCAAACUAACUAAAUUUCAAGAAAGCUUUGAAAUACGUGAGCUUGGUUCUGUUUGCAGCGAACUGGUAGAUUGUCUACACAAGAGAUUUCAAAAAUUUUUUGAAGGAGAUGAAGAGGCAAACUUGGCCAUCAUAGCGGCGAUGUCAUGUCCAGCUGUCAAGCUCCGAUUUUUGUCAGUGCUGCAGCGAACAGCACCCCACUUAACUGUGGAUGUUUUAAAAAAUUUAUUUAUUGAGCACGCUGCUCAGUUCAUUCCCAAAUCAACCAACCUAGCGAUACAAACAACAAAAACUUUAGAACCAUCUGACUCGUUUUUGGAGUUUGAAGAUGCAAGCAUAGGGGUACCCGAAACGACUGAGCAGGAGGAGAUUCGAAGGCAGCUUGAAACUUAUUUGGUAGAUCCUAAUACUUCUCUCAACUGCCUGGAGAAUUACAAAAUUAUUAGGGAGGUGUUCCUUAAAUUUAACACUCCGAUUCCGUCCUCUGCUCCUGUAGAGCGCCUAUUUUCUUUUGCAGGGAUA